AUGAUGGAUUUCCGAACUGAAGUUUGCACAUUUGCAAGGCCGGCGGCAAUGUUCAAAACAUUACGACGCCUUCAUGGCUACAAUUUGGAAAAUCGUGGUUUAAACGAUCUUUCUGAAACAUUUCAAAAUUUCGUUACGCGAGCUAGAUUCUUUAAUAUUGGGCGAUUAAGACGUACGUGGUCUCAUUCGGCGGUGGAAUUUCUAAAAUAUCGGCGCUUAUUACCCAUGCUGACAUCUGACGAACAGGCAUUUAAUACCGCUGAAUUUUCCGAUGAAUUGACUCCUGGUCUGUCAGUAUCGACAUCGACACAGUCAAAGGAAUGUGACAGUCCACUUCAACGGUCAAAAAAUGAAGACCGAAAAAUUCUCGUUACGAAUAUUUCCCGACAUGUCACGGCUAAUCAGCUUAAAUCAUUUUUCUCAAAGUUUGGUGCCAUAUCAAGUUGUUAUAUACCGUCAGAAGAACGUCAACAUUCAUUGUACGCUACGUUACCAAAAAAAUCUCGAUCAAGCUUGACCGCUUACAUUACAUUCAAAAAUAUGGAAGGUGCAGAACGAGCAAAGAAUGCAACUGCAGAUGAACUGAGAUUUUAUGAUCAAGUGAUGUUGAUAUCGCAGUUAUCAUUAAAAAAAAAGGGUGUCGUUCGAAAUGCUCUUCAAAAGACGAACGUUUAUUCAGGUCCAGAUGAUCUUUCCAACAAUAUGGUAACAGUUGCAUCACGGAGUACAACAUUAUCCACAUUAGCAGAUGUUGCAUCACUGUUUUCACAUCGAUUAUCACUGUCAGUACUACCGCCAAAAGUACUUACAUUAAUCCUGUCUUUCUUGCCACCGAUGGAUAGAAUCCGAUUAGAAAGAGUAAGCAAAAGCUUCCUGGAAUCAUCUAUUGAGGCUUGGAAAUGGAACGAUGCAUUAUCAUUCUCAAGUGAUAGUGGUUUUGGACACACUUUCUCACCAUUAAAUCCUCUUCGGAAUAUUCAUCUGAAGGCACUUUUGUCUCGUUGUGGUGUACAUUUGAAGUCUUUGGAUUUAUCCGGAGUAGUACAUUUACUGGAUGAACAAGCUUUUCAUAUUAUUUCAUCUUCAUGUCCAAAUUUGGAAGAAGUGAAUUUAUCGGGACUCGGUGGUCAUUGGCAAACAGUGCGUACAUUUGGUGAACCACUGACGAAUUUACGGUCUGUUAUAUACAGAGAUAUGGUAGGUAUAAGUGAUAAGACAAUGUGGUAUUUGUUCAAGCCAUUAGGCAUGAAUAUAUGUGAAGUUGAUCUUCGAGGCUGCCGACGUUUCAAAGGUCGUUGCUUCCGGCUCUUUGGAAAUUCAUUAGAAAAAAUUUUACUUGAUGGUUGCUGCCGUCUGGAUAAACAGUCCCUUGAAGAACUAUGUCUUAAUUCACCGAAUAUCACUGAACUGCGGUUGAGUUCAUGUCAGUUGGUUUCUGAUGAUAUACUCAGUUUGAUAUCGAGAAGCUUAACACAUUUAAAGUCGUUUGCCUUGUGUGGUGAUUUUUUUCCGAACUUGACUUCAAUGGGUUUAAUGGCUUUGUUACGAUUGCGCUGUCUUUGUGAGCUAUCGCUAGAUAACAAUUCACUUGUAUCGGAUGAAGUAUUGGAAGAAAUAACUAAUCUUCCACAUUUGCGCUUUCUUAGUUUGGCAUAUGCUGGCUCAGAUGUUACAAUAACCGAAAAAGUUAUUAUGAGGAUUGGAAAAUUGAAGGAGCUUCAAACGCUUGAUGUUAGCUCAUUAGCAGCAAUAACAGAUCGCUCCCUAUCGACAAUUAUUUCCGGCUGUUUAAAACUGCAGAUUAUUCGAGCGCGCUGUUGCACAUAUUUGGGUGACGAAGGUGUCUGUUCAUUAACGACGCUGAAAAAUUUGGAGCACAUUGAUCUGAGUGGAUGUCUUCUUGUAACUUCAAAUGGCAUUCAAGCGUUACUUGAUGCUUUUCCAACCUCUGAAUAUUCUCAGAAACUGACGAUGAUCACAGUGGUUGUUGGUGGAACGGUAUGUAAUGUUCAAUCCUUACGUCAAAGUAAUAGUCGUGUGGUUGUGGAUAUAAGCGACUAUAGUGUCUCAUGUAGUAGUAAUACAGCUGAAGAACUUUUUUCAAUUUCUGGUAGAUUUCUUGGCACAAGGAAUAAUUCAGACGAAAGUUCAUCAGACGACGAGUUCGAUGCAUUGACUACUCAUCGAUCGUUUAUAAUAGAUGCGUUACGCGAUGUAGAAGAUGACUCACCACUGGAAACACAAGAAUCGAUUGAUGAAUGGGCCGAACGUGAAGCUCUCGAUUUAGGUCUUAUAGCGAAAUGA